AUGGACACCAAACACGGCGUCGCUGUCGACGCGGUGGGCCGCCACCCGCCGUCGUCGGACAAGACAGACGGCCCGCCGCUCAAGUGCAACAAGCACGGCAUCGCGCUCGUGCCCCAGCCGAGCGACGACCCCGAGGAUCCUCUGAACUGGAGCUUUGCCAAAAAGCACGCCGCCAUGUUCAUCCUGGCCCUCGAGUCGCUGCUCGUCAAGUUCUCGGCCACAUUGAUUGCCCCCGGCGCCCAUUCGCUGGCCGCCCAGUUCCAUACCGCCGCCUCCAAGGCCACCUACAUCGGCUCGGCCCCGUCCAUCCUCUACGCCAUCGCCCCCUUCUUCUGGAUCCCCCUGAGCCACCGCGUCGGCCGCCGUCCUGUGCUGCUCGCGAGCCAGGUCAUUGCCCUCGUCGCCGCCAUUGGCGUCGCCCGCAGCGGGUCGUACGCCCAGGCCCUGGGCUGCCGCAUGGUCAUGGGCUUCGGCGGCAGCGCCGGCCUGUGCAUCGGCCCCGCCGCCAUCUCGGACAUGUUCUUUUUGCACGAAAAGGGCUCCCGCAUGGGCGUCAAUUCCAUCCUGCUGGUCGUGGCGCCGUACGUCGGCGGCGUGGCCGGCGGCGCCAUCCAGCAGAACCCCACGCUGGGCUGGCGCUGGUCCAUGUACGUGUCGGCCAUCACCUACGCCGUGCAGCUGACGGGCCAGUUUUGUCUGGUGCCCGAGACGAUUUACGAGCGCGGCGGUCACCGCCACCACCCCCACAGCGUGGCGCGCCGUUUCGGGUUCCGCACGCCGACCAACCCGACGGGCGAGUCGUGGCUGCAGACGUUCCGCCGCCCCUACGCCAUGUUCGUCUACCCGGCCGUCGUGGUCCCGUCGUUCUGGGUGUCGACGGCCGUCAUGACCGAGGUCGCCAACACGGCCGGCUUCACCCUCAACUUCGGCAUCACCAGCCGCUUCCACUUCACCACCGCCCAGGUCGGCUACUGCUUCCUCUCCGGCCUCAUCGGCGCCUUUUCCGGCGAGCUGCUCGCCGGCCCCCUGUGCGACCUGCUGGUCAGGCGCGCGCUCAAAAAGGAACACGGCUGGCGCGCCGAGACGCUGCUGGUCCUCAGCGUCACCGGCCUCGUCACCAUCGUCGCCGGCCUCCUGGUGUACGGCAUCCAGCUGCAGGGCAGCGCCCCCGGCGACUGGGCGUCGCCCCUGGCCGGCAUGAUCCUCUUCGUCUUUGGCCAGGAAAUCAUCGUCACCGUCGUCAUGACGUACAUGACCGACUGCUACCCGGACCAGGCCGCCGAGGUCGCCAUUGUCUUCCAGUUCUUUUUCAAUCUCAUGUGCUUCCACCCGCCCUUUUACACGCCCGGCUGGAUCGCCUCGGCCGGCGCCCGCACGCCCUACAUCGUCUACGCCGUCAUCCCGCUGGCGCUGUUCCCGCUGCUGAUGGGGCCCUUUAUCUGGAAGGGGGAGCAGAUCCGCAGCAAAGGGCCUCUCUUCCGGCUGUCCAAGUAG